AUGGGGCCUCGCUUCUCCCGUGUAUGCCGUACACCUCGUAUAGGCAACACUCAAGCAAAAGCACCGACUAUGAGAACGAAUUAUUCACGAGAAAAGGUGCAGGCAAUUCUGAGCGACUAUGUCGAGGCAAAAGAUCCGUUAUUACUUGACCUGGUUGUAGAGUCGCUUUUUAAGCUAUUGCCUCAGAAUGCGCCCGAGUCAAAUGAGAUUUGGAGUUUCGGAGAAGAUUGCUUUAAUCUCGCAGAGAUAAACAGCUACAAAAGUGGAGUACAUUCGAGAUUAGCCCAGCUGCUUGAAUCUUUAGGACUUUCGAACCAGUUUAGAGGAUGGGACCCAGUGAGGCUCACCAGUAUACCAGGCCCAGAUGAAGGAGACCCGGACCGAUAUGUGAGCUACAAUUCGUUUUUAGCUCAUCUAUACGAGCAUCGUAUCUUUCCAACUGACCCUACAUAUGCUAUGUGGGCUAUGCGAGCCGCAUUUGAGGAAAAUAGGGGCGAAGAAGAAAAAAUGGUUCGCAGUGCCUGGAUCUUGGGUGCAGCACAGUGGAUUCUAUGGCACGGACAAAGCAUAUUCAAUCUACUAUUACACCCUGCUCUCUUUGAUGUGACCCUCAUGACCUGGCCUGAUCGUCAAGCAUGGGACUCUGGUCCUCUGUAUACAGGCUCUGGUGGACUGUCUCUUGAAAGAUGGCAAUUUUGGAAGCGUAGUUUUCAAGAUAUUCUUCAAGAGUCCAAAGUCACAGCGGAAUGCAAAGAGGUGUCUAUUAAAGCUAUCAUGAUGAUGAAUAUGUUUGAGAGAAACAUGAUGUUCUAA